AUGAUUGGGAAAAUCAUCCAUCCUCAAAUUAGGGAUUCGACGGGUAUUGAUAUUGCGGCCGCGUACGGACGAUCGACGGCGGAGGUGCUGCGACUCUUUAGUAUUCUCCUCCGGCGACACCAACCAGUAUACCUUCUAGAUCCACGGCGGCGUCUGCACCUGGAAGUCCGCAGAGGUCACACCUGGUCCCCUGGAAGUCGGCAGAGGUCACGGCAGCGCCUGCGCCUGCAUCUGGAAGUCGGCGGGCCGUCCCGCUACGGCGAUCAACAGGAGCGACGGUGCUUGCUGAGAAGGACUGACAGAGACGAGCCGGAGUGGCCGCCGGUCGAGCCGGUGACGGCGCUGUAUGUCGUCGGACAGAUCCUCCACGCGGCGGCAAUCGACUGGAUAAUCUAUUCCGGCCGUCACUUCCGGCAGUGCCGCCACCGCGCCGCCGCCAUCUCACAUACUGAACGCAGAGUUCAGUCGCCGGUCAAUCCUUUCGUCGUUGCCGGUGACGAGCUCGAGCCUCAUUCUUUGAUUUUUCUGAAAUCUGCACAUAUUUUCGUCGGAGAACGACCGCCACCACCACCAGGAGAUGAGGGACACGAUGCCGACGGAACACUGUGGCAGACACGGUCGCGCGGCGGAGGUUGGGAUUACCGGAAUUUGAGCUGUGUUUCCGUUUUCGGCCCUCCCUACACCUGCUUCAUUUCUUCCAAGUUCCCCUUUCUUGACAAGAUUAUGAAAAUUCACAUUUUGCCCAACAGGUUUGAUUAUUUGGAGUUGAGUGCUGCCGUGAAUUUGACUUUGAGGACCUUAGUUCCUAGCUAUUACCUCAAAAUCGAAAAGUUUUUGGACAAAUUGGCUGCGAAUGUUGUGAGGGUUACAGAGCCAAAUUGGUGA